GUUUUCUAGGCAGCUUUCAUCAUGGCGUCCAAUGGCCUAGUAUUUAGACCGGGCAGAGGUCCAUCUUUCAUCCUAGUCGGGCUAGUAGUCAUCGUUAUAAUACUCUUCUACAGCUACUGGGGUGUUUCUUCCAAAAAUAAUAAGUUACUUAGAGAUGUUAGCGUCUUACAAGACCGGUUACGUGUCUUAGCGGCUCGAAAGCUGACAGCAGACAAAAAAGGUUCUGCUCUACUAACCCAAAUCACUCAAUUGCAAGAAGACAAAGAGCAAAAAGAUAAGGUUAUCACCUCCAAAGACGACAGAAAUGCUGAGUUAUCAGAAUCUUUGCAAAAGAAAGAGGUUGAAUUAUCAAAAGUUCGACAGCAAGAGGUUGGUAGUGCUUUCAAAACGUAAACUCCAUUAGUGAAAUGUGUGCAUAUAUUAUCCGCAUACGAUUAGCACAUCGGAGACGUUUUUUUUUCUUUAACGAAACUUAUCUUCAUGUGUACUUUUAUAUGUAUAGAUACUUUUCACAUCCGAGUUCUUUCAACAUAUUCGCGUGCUGGCUUCUUCCAGUACGCUACGAAAGACCUCAAUAAUUUUGACAGUAGCUAAGCAACCUACUUUUUGCAGCCGAGAACGUGUCGCUGGUUAUGUUAAUUUGUAUGCUCGAUAAUGCAAGUCAUGUCACUCUCAACCGAUCAACCGUGUUUCAGUUAAGUUUUUCUCUAUGCACCUACAUGUAUUUCUACCUUUACCAUCAAUUGUUGAGGUGUGUGCAUGCUAAUUAUAAGUUAUGAUUGGCUUGGAGUAUCUUGAUGCAAUGCAUAUAGUUCGACAUUCCCACUUGUUAAACCAUUGAAUUCUCUCCUUUUGUGAUUUCCGACUCAUAGCCACUAGCCCAUUAUGUUUUCAGUUCUUGCUGUGACACUACAGAAAACAGCAGAAGACAAUUAACAUCUCACAAUCAUUUAAGGAUUGCACACGAUUGAAACCAAAAGUUAACCUUGCAGGUGUAAUUGGUGCAUCCAGAAACUUAGAGGAAUUAUUUUUUCUUUGAAGAGAGAACAUUUUGCUGUUUAAAUCAGUGAAUUAUGUAGAUCUGAAGGGUUAAUCUCUACAGUUCUUUUUAUGACUCUACAAAAGAGGAUAAACAUCUCAAUAUAUUUCCAAAGUGGCAUUCAGCGACGCAUAAUUUAAAUCAAAACUUUUCCUUGCACAAGUAUCUCAAUAGAUGUGAUCUACACAUCAAGGAAGCUUUGAGGAAUUUCUUUUCAUUGAAAACAGAGCAUUUUUCUGUAUGAAUCGGCAACUUUUGCCAAAAAUAGCUGCUAAAUUUAUCCUGCAAGCAAGGAUACAUGUAACUUGAGUUAUUCAAUAGAAUGAUGGAAUGGAGGAAUGAUGGAUUGAUGGAUUAUCCUAAAAUGUAGAAUGCCUCUUUGUAUCAAACCAAAGUCUCAAAAAAUGGAAUUGCAAUAAGUUAAGAAAAUUAUUUAUAAUUAAUAGAUGAAGUUAAAAGAAGCAUAGGUUUAUCUUUGUUGAAACCGAGAGGACUGGAGAACCAUGAGGCUUUCCAGCUAGCCCCUUUUUUAUUAUCAUUAUUGUUAUUAUGAAUAUUAUUAUUUGUUACUGUUAAUUAUUGAUUGAAUGUCAAUUAGACAUUACAGAAUUAUGUUUCUCUUGUGGAACAGGGUACUCAUAAAUAUGUGGAAUAUGGCAGAUUUUCCAUUUAGCAUGUGAGACUAAUAUUCUGCAACACUACCUUAUGCAACCUCUAGUUCUUUUCAUAAUAAAAAUUAUGCCAUACCAGUAGCCACAUUAAGUCUUUGACUUCCUAUUUUUUGUUUUUGUUUUCAAAGCAAAAUUACCUAAUGGAGUUAGAGAAACUGAAAAAAGGAGUAAACAGCUCAUCUUCAGGUCUCAAAACAUUAAAAGGUUAGUGAUACUUAAUGCUGUCAUGCAAUGUAUCUCCACAGUUGUGUUGCUGCUUCAAAUAAAAACUUUUUUUUCAUGACAGGAAAGGCUGAUCAGCUGUUGAAAAGCUAUCAAGAUAUUAAGGUUAAUCACUCUGCACUUCUCCAACAGAUUUCUGAGGUGACAUCUCAGAGGUGAAUUUCUUUUCAUUCCAUUAUACCAGUGACAUUUAGGAUGUGUUUCAUAUAUUACUUGAUUUUAUUUUUAGUAACAUUAUCUAAUAAAUUAUAUUUCCCUCAAAACAAUUAAUUGUAUAUGACUUACAUGUAUGAGACUUGGUAUGGGUUGCCAAAGUCAAAGUAUUAUAUGCAUGGAAGGUUUUAUAUCCUUCAGUUAUUUGGUUUUUCUUAAAAAAAAAGUCCCCCUUGAGUUUCCUACCAUCAGCAACCACUGUUGUUUAAACUCUCUCGAAUCUUCAAGUUACAGCUGUAAGUGCACAUGCCAUCAGUUGACAUCUGAAUUGCACUUUUUAUUAAAGGGAUUUUUACCAGAAGGAAUUAGCAAAUAUCAAGACAGAACUUGAAGACUUAAAGAAUAGAGCAGGUAAAAAAAUAAGUCAACACAAUUACUUCUUUUUGCCAACAUACAGUAUAUCUUUAUAGUAUAUCUAUCCACUGCCAUUCUCCUAAGAUGACUUUGUUGCUGUCAAAUAUGUUGGUGCCUACAGUGCUCCUGAUCAUGUUUAACACUUCAUGCCUUUAAAAUUUUCAGAACUGUUUCGUGUGAAAUUUCCUUUGUACUUCUUACUAAGUAUGAUUUAUUUCAUUCCAUGCAAGUGUUUCUUUAUAUAGCAUCCAUGUUGAAAUCACUGGUGAUCUUUGCAAUCUUAUUGGCUCUCAUUGGUGGGAUUUAUUCAUGAAUUACAUUUAUUUUUUUCCCCAAGCUCCAUCUUUUCCCCAGCCAAUGAAAAAGCUUUACUGAGACACGACACAAUGACAAAUAAGAUUUCAAGGCAUGUGUGAAAUAACCAUUCAAACAAGACAACUUUUGCAUUGUUUUACAAACUAGCGUAGUACUGGAUCAAAUAAAUGUGUGCAUGGACUAAAAAAUUCUGUAUUUGAGGGACUCAAAUUUGUUAUUUAAAAAUGGAUGUAGAACAGUGGUAAUUGAACUUUGUGUGGGUAAUUUUGGCCUGAAAUCAUACUUAUGAUUUCAUAUCAAACUUGUGCUGGGUGCUCAUUUGAUCUUGAAAUCACAGUUAUGAUUUCAGACCAAAUUGCACUCCACUCAGUUCAAUUACCAAGUGCUAUAAAUAGGUGUAUUGUGUUUUUCUUUCACCAUCAGUCAAUAAGGUCCCUGCAAAACCCAAUAAUGAAGGAAUUAAGGAACCAUCUGAAAAUGAGGGCAAUGACAGAGAUGAGAAAAAAACAGAUAAACCAAAGAAACCUGUACCAAGCACAUCAGAGACAAACAUGGAAGGAGCUGGGAUUGCAAAUUCCUCCUCAGCAGCAAAUGUUUCAGAUGUAAAGAACAUAAAGUCAAUUGGAGAUAAGUCUCAAAGUGAAGAAGUUGCUAGUUCUCCAACGAAAAGAAGCAUUGGAAUUUUGGAUAAAUUGAAACAGGAUAUCACUGGGGGAUCAGAUGCAGAUGAGAAAGUGGUGACUGAAGAUAAUGAAGGUGCCCAACAGCCACCUGAAAAGAGUUCUGUUAGUGACAAGAACAGUCAACAAGGAAAUGAGGAUGAAGCUAACGAUGAAAGGAACAACCAGGAGGAGAAUGAAAAGAAAGUUAUGGACAAUGGACAGGGACAAAUAACUCCUACCAGCAGUGAGGAGAAGGAUAUGAAAGGAAAAGAUAAGAAUGAACCUGUGAGAGAACAAGAGGAUGAAAAUGGUGAAGAGGAUGAAAAUGGUGAAGAGAAUGAGAAUGUAGGUAAUGAAGAUGAUGAGUCUGACAAGGAUGUAGAUGACCCACAAAAGGACGAAGGAGAGGAAACUGAAAACAAACCGCAACCACUCUCCAGAGAUAAUCUUCAGAGGAAAAUGAUGAAUCCUCCAGACAGCUUUAAAGACAUGAGAGGCCUACCAAGAGAUGCUAUGUCAAAUGUAAGUACUGCCAGUACUGUUUUCUCAUAAAAAUUUUACAACAGUCUUCUCUACUGCACUUGUUUUCUUUUGUUUUCUGAAACUAUCAAAAGCUGUGUAUAAUGUAUAUUAGUUUAUUGAGACAAGUUUCUCAAAGCUAAAAUCAAAAGAAAUAAUUAAAGACGUGUGGAGAAGUGAGAUUAAGGAUAUUGGGAGGGGAAAGGUUAAUGAAAGGCUUGACAUUAUUUCAAAAUAUCAGAAAUAUUCCAGUAAUAAUAAUAAUAAUAAUAAUAAUAAUAAUAAUAAGGACAGAUGUUUAACAGAUGUCUACAAUCAUUCUCUGCUUUUGUUAGAUGGAUAGAAAACAACUCCCAGUUGAUAACUCAAGGCUAAGUGUCAGCCUACCAAGGUCACGGGAUGCCCUUGGUAAAUAUGAUGUUAGAAGACGCAUGGUAAGACUUCUUUACCUUUUUCUGAUUUAGGGCUCUUGGAACAGUUUAAAGAAUUUAAGGUUAAUAUGUUAUGAUAAUUGUGUUGGAAUAGAGAAAUGUGAAUGUAAAAGGUAAGGUCUGUACAUGAGCCUAUUAGCCCAUUCAGCUGGGGCUCAUCCCAGUUUCCAAGUAGUAUAAAGCAACUAGGAUUAUUACUACUCCCCUGUGGAAGGGAUGCCAGUCCAUCACAAAGUAACUCGCCCAUAUUUCACCAGGCUUCCCUGGCAAUUUUCCAGCACCCAUUUAUACUCCUGGAUGGAGAGAGGUACUGUGAGAGUGUAGUGUUUUGCCAAAGAACACAACACAGUUGACCUGGCUAGGUCUUGAACACAGACCUCCCAACUCAGAGUCCAGUGCACUGACCAUUAGGCCACUGUGUCUCCCACAAAAUGCAACUGUAGCCCCUUAACUCCCAGAUCAAACUUUUCAUUCUCCUUAUUGUCACCCAUACAAUUCUUAUAAUGUUAGAUUGGAGAAUUUAGUAUUGGAUUAACUAAUAAUACCCAAUUUGAUAUUUUUUUCUUUAUUCUCAUCACUUCUCUGGUUGAUAUUGCUUUGAUAUUGUAAGGAGAAAUUCUAUCUUGGUCACUCAUAGGAGUUAAUGGGAUAGAUUGUUAUACAUAAGGAAUUUAUUUUGUCUGGUCAAGAGCAUAGGGCAAAGAAAAAAACUUUAAUUGUCCAGGAAUUGAACCUCAGACCAUCGGGUUCCAUGCUCUGAUGCUCUAUCACUGAGCCAUUGAGACUCUGGUGAGCUUGGCUUUUACUAGGUUCCUAUGUGACACACCUCCUGUGUAGUGAUAAGUUCAGCAAUGUUGAAAGUGUCAUGUGCGUAAAUGGAUUAAGGAAGAUGGUAAAUUUUGAGCUCAGUGAUGAAAUAGAGAAAGAUGUUUAUUUCCAUCUUUUCAUCAGCAUAGGACAGAGAAAAGAACAGCACACUGUAUAUUGUUGUUAAGAACUACAGUCUUGCCUCAGUGCUGCAUGUGUUUAUUUUCUUCUUGGUAGGGACGAGGUGAUACUGAGGACCAAAUGAUACGGAAGUAAGAAUGGUGUGUGACUGAAAAUUAUCCACAAAUCUUCUCUUCUUUUUUACUGCACAGAUGCAAGACUUCCAGUAAAAAGAGCAUCAACAAGCUGAGUUUACAACAGACUAGUAGCAAAAAAACUUCACGUGAAUUACCUUUUUAGAGUUUGAUAAGGCCAAAUAAGUUAUUUAAUUGCACUGAGAAGGGAGCACUUCCUCAUGGAAUAGUUGUAAUGUUUCUUUUUUUCCUUUAGACACGUGCAUAAGGUACUAAAUUUAUAAUUGUGGUAUAAAAAUUGUCAUAACAAGAGAAAUGUUGUAUUUCUUUGUCUAAAUGUUUUAUUUUGCUUUCCUUAUAUACUAAUACAUUUGCUACUUUCGUUCUUUUAAAGAUGAAUAUUUUAGUAUUUUUGUUGGACUCUUAUAACUCCAUAACAAUGUCAAAAGGGUAUUGAAAUCAGCUCUAAGAAAACUUAGUAACAUUUGUAUCAUAAAUUCUUAGUUUGUGGGGCAACUGACCAUGGAUUCUGAACAGGGUAGGGUUUGAAUCCCCUAUGGAGAUUAAACUCAGGCUUUAGUACGGAAGAAAGAUCAGUCUUCUUCAUUAAUUUUGUGGUAGUCAGCUUCAACCCUUUAACUCCCAAAAGUGAUUAAAAUAUAACUUCUCCCUAUAAUUUCCAUACAUUAUCCUUCGAACAGGUAAUGAGGAAACUCGCACUUAUUAGGUAGGACUUUUUAUCCUGAUCUAAAACUAAAUUCUUGUAACUUACUAACCUGGAAAUGUUUAGCUGCCAGAGAAGAGAAUUAACAAUCUGAUCUUGAGAGUUAAAGGGUUUGAAAAGCAUAAGAUGGCAGCAAACAAUUGAGGGGCAAAA